AAAGCAAUACGACAAAGAUUGCCAGUUGCCCACUGUUUGUCAUCAUACGGUACCAAGAAUUUAAACUACCACUGGACCACCGCCACCGCACCGCCGCAGCAACAUCACGGCCACCCAAUCGCAGUGCGUCUCACUGUGGUCGAACAUCUUCGCUCAUUAUUGCCACCCACCAGCUUUUAUUCCCCCACUUUACGCUCUCAGAUCGUUCUCCAUGUUUUGACUAACCCUAGAUCUGUCCCCGCUGAAGAUUCCUUAGUGCUGCUGUAUUUGAUCUUUUGAAAUAGGGGAAAAUAGUGUAGUUUGGAGGAGGUAGGAUGAGCGAGAAAGCGCCAAUCUCGGUGAUGGGAAUGGGGGCGGAGCUUGGGUAUAGGGCACCGCUGUUCACAGACGUGCAGUGGAAGGAGCUGGAGCAGCAAGCCAUGAUAUACAAGUAUAUGGUGGCUGGCCUACCGGUGCCACCGGACCUCGUUACGCCUAUUCGCCACAGCUUCGAGGGGCUCUACGCCCAUCUUUUCAACCAUCCUGCGUUGGGCUAUUGUUCCUACUAUGGCAAGAAGUUUGAUCCUGAGCCAGGGAGAUGCCGGAGAACUGAUGGAAAGAAGUGGAGGUGCUCAAAAGAUGCACAUCCGGACUCAAAGUAUUGUGAGCGGCACAUGCAUCGUGGUCGCAACCGUUCAAGAAAGCCUGUGGAAUCUCAAUCUACUUCGCAGUCCUUGUUGACUGCAGUACCCCACUCCUCUAUAGGGGGCAGUAUAAACCGUGGAAGCUCUCAACAGAUGCCGCUGUACUCUGGUGCUAAUUCUGAAGGAUCAUCUGUUGGGAGCAAUGCAACAAAGCUGCAGAUGGGACCGUAUGGCAGGGAAUUCAGUUUCUCACAAGAAGCUUCUGGAAAGGCAGGCAGCGGCACUGGCACAUGGGGUCUCAUGCCUGGUCAAGUUUCUUCCAGCUCAUUGUUCAAACAAAGCUCUGAUUCCCGAAUGCUUGGCUGUUCUUCAGCUCAGCAAUACACGCCUCAUGCCUAUGAGCCUGUCUCUUCAAAACAGCAACACGGCCUAUUCGGGAGUGAUAUCAGUUCACCUACAACACUGAAGCAUGAACAUCUUUUCUUCAGCAAGUGGCCUUCAACCAAGGAAUCAUGGUCCAAUCUCGAUAAUAAUGGAACAAACGAAAACACCUUCUCCUCGACCCAGCUGUCCAUGUCCACUCCUUCUGAUUUUACUUCAGGAACUGCUUACUCUCCAAAUGAUGCUUGAAGUUGGAUGAUGAAUGUGAGCUACUUUCUUUGCUUGCUUGUGUUGUACCAUAAUAACAUAUCACCCCAACCAUUGGAUUUGUCACAAUCGGUAUUCAGCAUUCCUUUAAUCGAUUGCUUGUAUUAUUCGAAUAAAUGUAAUUUGAUGACUAGUGUUUUACCCUGAAUUAUUCAAAGCUGUGUAUGAUUGUGUGAGAUUAACAUACAUUUGAGGAUUAGUAGUAUGUUAUGUAUACUAUAAUCUGGAAUAUUGCUUUUAUCAAGUCCUCAACAUUCUUAGUUUUUUAAAAAUCUUGAAUAAUCAUUUUUUGAAUUGUGGCU